AUAUUUUCCUUUCCCACUUGUAUCUUCUUCAGUCUUGCCUCCUCUCUCUCUCUCUCUACUUCUUGUUCUUGUUCUUCUUCAUUUGCAUCUUCAAACUGGAAAAGAUCAAAGCUUUUAAUCUAUUCUGAAUACAAUUAUCGAUUUUAUAUGGGUUUUCUCUUGAAGAUGCAAUUGUCUUUGGCGGCUGUUCAUCAUAAGGCAUUGUUUUUAUUUGCUUGAAUCUUAAUUUUGGAGAUAUAAUUGAAUUGGAAGUUAUGGGAAGAGCCAAGGGAAAGGGGAAGAAGCAGAUGGUUAUUGAAAUUGGAAGUGAUGAAGAGAAGAAGGUUCCUGUGGUAGUUCAGAGGAGAAGAGGACGGCCAUUGAAAUCGUUGAAGGAAGAAGUUGAGGUAGUAGUUGAAAGUGUGGGUGAAGAAGAAGAUGUGGAAAGCGUUAAUGAUUUGAAAAAUCAGACAGGAAAGAAGAGGAAGAGGUCUUCGAUAGUUAAGGAAAACAGCCCGAAUUCAAAUGGGGAUGAUAAUGGUGUUGUUGUGGCAAUUGAUGAACCAGUUAGACCAGUUGGGUUUAGACAAAAUGGGAGCAGGAGAAAAAGUAAGCCUCGUCGGGCAGCUGAAGUUGGUGUUGAGUGCAACUGAUGAUCUUGAUCAAACCAUGGUUUUUGUUUUGUUUUUGAGGUUUUAUAUAGUAUUUUGUUUUGUGUUUCUGCUUAAAUUUUCUAUUUUCAAGUCUUAUGUUUUUGUCUUACCAACAAUAUACAUUUUGAUUUUCAAACUUCUCACCUGAAAUCUUGGGAAUUUCUUUUGUUUAUUGGAUUGGUGGGUCUUGUUGAACUGCAUUCAUGAUUCA